GCGCGGGAAGCGCGGGCGCGGCGAGCGUUUACCGUCCCCAUGGCGAUGCGGGACGCGGCCAUGCAACACGGAGCGCGGCGGGGGCCCGAGACCCCCCAAGGGGUGGCUCUGACCGGCCACGUCGUUCCCGUGGACCCCGCGGAUGGACCCCCGUGCGGAAUCGGGCUGCGAGGUGAGGUGCUGCUGCCCGUGGCGUCCUCAUGCUGCAGAGACACAGUGGUGACUGUAGCCGAGGAGCCUCAGGAGGUGAUGACGACCCCGAAUGAAGACUCGCCCGAGGUGGUGGACACAGAAGAGGACCACCACGAGGUGCCGUUGACUCUGAACGAGGAGUCCUCCAAGGUGCUGGUGCCCACAAACAAGGACCUCCCUGAGGUGCCGGCAGAGCAGCUGAGAUGCAGUGUGCCACGGGGGACCUGCCUGAUCCACAACUGGCAGGAGGAGAGAGCCACCAACCACCUGGACAAUGUGGUACCACUGGAGUUGGGCAGCGAGGGCUUCAUCUACCGGCACGGUCACCGUGGGCUGCUGGCACCCCUGCACCCACCCAUCUCAUUGCCCUGCAGCACCACCAAGGAUGCCUUCCGCCCGCCCCACAGAAUCCCACUGCUGGCACAAGGGCAGCGGGAAGCCAUGCUGGAGAGGAUGCUGUACCAGAAGUACCGGCAGGAGCUGAUGAAGGAGAUCAACCCACCACCUGGUCCCAUGGAGACUCUCUCCACCACACACCGGGAUUAUCAGGCAGGGGGCUUCCAGCCCACACCCCCACUCACCACCCAGCCCCACAACUACCACAUGGAGCAGCCCCGCAGCUUCUGGCUGGAGCAAGCCCACAGUGUGCCUGGUGUCACCUGCAUCCGCACUGGGGACAGUCCCUUCCGUAGAAACGCCGCCUUCUCCACCCCCAUCACCGAGUACCUGGAGCAGCCCCUGCCCUACGAGGCAGCUACCCGCCGGCUGCAGCCCAGCAUGCAAUAAAGAGCAGGGGCCAGCCCUGCUGCUGGCACCCUGGUGUUCUCCA